CCUUCCGGAAUUGGGCUACAGUACAAAUGAACAGAAUGAUUGCAGUAUUGGAAAAGGAAGGAAAUGUUAAAGAAAAUGGUUGUAGCUAUCGAAUAUCACCAGCUGCAGGGGAUCUCUCUCAGGUAAUUUUGUCCAGAGCCUAUAUUGUCAAUGCCGUGGGAAUAAGGCACAGCUUUGCCGGUAAAAAGCAACGGCCCUUAUUUCCAUGGAAUAAAGUGGCCGGAGCUUGCCUGCCUCACCACUCGCCACCUUUUCUCCAGUGUCUAUACUUUAUAUUCUUCUCCCCUCUUCCUUUCCUUCUUCUUCCUUUUCAAUUCCAUUCAUCAUCUUCCCAGACCAGCAAAUCAACAACUUACUCCCUUAAGCCUUGCUUCUUUUCCUACUUCCUGCUGAUUUCAGGCUCGAGGGGCCUCCUGAUAAGAAGUUCGUGGAAUGUCUAAUGUAAGCAAGUUGUGUAUUCGAUCAUCAUUUUCCACUGCUCUUGGUUCCCCGCAACUGUGUCUUGAUGUUCUUUUCUUUCCAUUGAUGGGUUUGGUUGGUGAUGAACUGAAAUGAAGGUGGUGGAGCUGAAAGUGGGUCUGCACUGUGACGAAUGCAUCAAGAAGAUCCUCAAGGCCAUCAAGAAGAUCAAAGAUAUCGAAACAUACAAUGUCGAUACACAGCUGAACAAGGUCACGGUGACUGGAAAUGUGACUACUGAGCAGGUAAUCAAAGUGAUCCACAAGAUUGGCAAGACCGCCACCAACUGGGACGAUCAAGAAGGCCAGCUCCAGCAGCAGUUCUAACUUCCUUGAACCAUUAAUCUGAACAUCACCCAGUACUUCUCUGUAGCCCUGAAAAUGAUUUGUCGUUCUAAUUUCCCCACCUCGAUUUUGUACUGAUCAUGAAUGAAGUAUAGCAGAUGAAAUGGUGAUUGAGAUUUGUAGAAACGGUAACAAAGUUCUGUUCUUUCAUUGUUUUUGUACUUCUUUUUCUUUCUACAUUACAUUAGCUUUUGGGGGGUAACUGAAACUGGUACAAGGUACAAGCUAAGCGGAAACUUGGGUAAUAGAACCCAGAAAGGAAAUCACGAUUCAUGAAGAAGAUCAUCCUGACUAUCGUCAAAGCAAACACUCUUCUGCACUAUUUACAAUAACACUACACAAAGGAAAAAGAACCCCCCAAACUCGGUCUCCUUCUACUUCCUGACUCACCACCAAUAAUCUACCUCGGCUGCUGAAUCGUCCUCGGACUCACCUUCACAUUCACAAUCUUCGCCGCCUUCUCCGCAUACCUCGGCGACCGAGCCAGAUCGCUCUUCCUCCAUUUCGUCGAUCCCACCGACACCAUGUCCCAUUUCAUCCGGGCCACUUCCUCUUCCUUCUCCUCCACAUCUGUAACAAAAAAAAAAAAAAAACACCCCCGAGUCAGUGAGCGAGUCGAAUCGCAACUCAGCGAGCUUAAAUCAAAUCCCUAGGUAGAAGUAGUAGUUCCAGAACUUCCAGUACCUUUGCCGCUGAGGAAAUCGGCGCCGUCGUCGAAGAAAUCGAGGUCUUCGGGGAGGAAGAAGUCGGAUUGGGGAUCCUGGUAGCGCUCCUGGAGCCAGUAGUCGCGGAACCAGGUGGAGGAUUGGAUGAGCGACCACCACUGAUCGGAGAAAUCCUCCACCGCCUGGUAAGCCAUCGGGACGAACAGCGGGGCGUUCGGAUUCAAGGAGGACGACGAUCGUUGAGCAAACAUGACAUCCAUUGCUGCUGCGCGAGAGAGAAAGAGAGAGAGAAAAAGGGGAAUAUUGAUUGACGAUAAGAAUG